AUGACGCCUUGGGAAGUCAAGACUCAGGGCAUGCCUCUGGUUGGGCAUUGGGCGGAGACGGUGGAUGUCGCGCUGGAGGCAGAGUUCGCAAAGUCUGUCGAGGCGGAGCAGCUGGAGGAGAUCGAGGCUGCCCUGGCGGCGGGCGAGCCGUGCGACGAUCCGUAUGCGCUCAACAAUCCACCGACCAUCCUCAAGAACCGUCCGUUGUGCGCGCUCCUCCUCCCCAAGGCCCGGGUGCCAGAGAUCCGCGACGCUGUGGUGGCGUACAUGGGCAGCCGCGAGACUGCGCGCUCGAUGACUUGCAAACUUGUGCCUGCUGUUCGCAAGCUGUUUGAGGAGGCCGGAGCCGAGGCUCGGCUCAUCUCGAUGGAGGAAGCAGUGGCCAACUUCACUGUCGGUGCGUUUAUCACCGGUGACAAGGGCCCGCUUCGGCUUGUCCACGACUUUGUAGGCGAGCUUACGGUCGACGGCAAGAUCCGCAAUGAGGCCGGCGCCAUGCUCGCCUGUGUCUCGGAGAUCAAGCCUGUCCUCCGUGCUGCGCCGCUUUUCCUCCACGCCUCGGAUCGCGACAACUGGUGCCGCGAUAUGAAGCACAUUGAGCAUGCGUACUGGUGCCACCCGCCGCUCGAGGGCGAGUACCUCCAUGCUGAUGGCGACGCGCUCUCGUUCGAGGCAGCGUUUGAAUAUGCGAGAGCGUUUCCGCGGAGCAUGCGGGUCUGGCCUCGGUCGAACGACGCGCUCUACGUCCCGCGGUGGAUAUAUGCGGCGGCGCUACCCAAGGCAUUGGCAUGGGGGACAGACUCCAAUGGCAUCCUCGACCGCUUUUGGCUCUCGUACUACUCGGAACGACAUGACAGCUACGUCGAGCUGCUGCCGGCCGCGCGCGAGUCGGCUGGUCGUUUCUUCUCGGCCGAGUUUCCGUUUGCAAUGACUUCGUCCGAGGACAUGGACGCGCGAGGGGCUUCGAUCCCGCCGCGACUCGAACGCGACGAGAACGGCACACUCCUGUUUGAAGGCAUGCCCGAUCGCGAAGUCCUCUACAAGUUUGCGAAGCUCUUCUACGUGGUCGACCUCCUCAUCGAGCACCCCAACGCGUAUCUAGAGAACGUUCUUGGGCCACAUGCCACCACAUCGAUUGAGGCCAUCUUCCGCUACCGCUUCGACGAUCCGUGGAGCGAGGAGACGAACGAAGCGGUCAGGUCGCUCUGGGCGCGGUUCGUCUCGCGCGAUACCCACCUCAUUGUCGCCGACGUGGUCCUUGAUGUCGGGCUCGGCCCGUACCACCUCAAGAGCACGCCGCCGCUGGACAUUCUGCGGACCAUUGCGGCGUCAAUCACCGCGUUCACCAUGCACAAGUUUGGGCUCGAGGUCGAAGUGGCGCCGCCGCUGGCGCGGUCGGUCUUGGUCGACGGUGUCGAGCCGGCCAGCGACGCGGCUCCGCCAUCGGCGCCGCUGCGGGUCCUUGUGGCGCAGCACGUCAACGGGCGCAACUUUAUCAACAUUGACGAGCUCAUCGCCUUUAUCCAGCCGCUCGUCGACGCCGGCCCGCCAGGCGGUUGGGUCAAAGAGUUUGCACCUGGCCUCCUGCCGUGGCAGGACCAGGUCGCAACGUGGAUGACUGCCAACAUGGUCAUCGGGUUUACGGGCUCACACUUUACCGGCGUCCUCUUUAUGCCACCGGGCUCGGUCCUCAUUGAGCUCAUGAUCCACCCUAUCGACACCUGCAUGUACCACCUCUCGUCAGGUCUGGGCCACGAUCAUUGGACGCUUCGCGCUUUUGUCGACGUCUUCUCGUGGGCCAACAUCCGUCGCGACUUUAACGCCUCGGCGCCGGCCCUGGAUCGGAUCGGUCUCAUCCUACGCGGCUACGCCUCACUCGAGCCGCUCGACAUUGCCUACAACCGCCACCCAGGCUUUGACUACGACCCAGCGACCGGGACUUGA